GGAUUGAGUCAAUGAAACCUGGGGCCUGUUGCACAAAAGUAGAAUUAAGACAUCCGGGAUAAAUGACUCAGCUGAGCUCAAUGAAGCCAAAACAUGUGCGUCCAGGCUUAAUUGGUUGCACAAAGACCAAGCCAGGAUGAGCAGACACGGAUUCAUUAAGCCAGGUGAAACCAAUCCUGGAUAGGUGCGCGCUCACGGCUCACUCAAAUAGACCCCGCCACAGAUCACAGAUUAACUGAUUUACCAUGGCAACUAGAGCCGCGUACUUUUCCCCGUCGGAAGCACAAAUCCUCAUGGAGGCAUACGAGGAGGUAAAAGAUAUAAUUAAGAAGAAAGGCAACACCGCCACAGUGAUAAAGCAAAGAGAAAAAGCGUGGCAAAGUAUUGCAGACCGCCUGAAUGCGUAAGUAGUGCACAAUUACACACUCACCGCUCCGCUGAAACAUCACAAUUACAAUUCAAAUAUUUAAUUCACAUCUCCAAAAAUGCAGUUGUACUGUAAUUAUGAAACGGUUAAAUUUUUAAUUGAAAUGCACUGCAGAUAUGAGUGAAAUUGUGUAAAGUAACUCCAUCACACUGUAUAAAGCUAUGAUACAUUUUUUGAUAUUUUUACUGAAAACAAGACAAAAAUACCAAGUAAUUUUUUGCAGUGUGACUCCAUUAAAUGUGUGUGUGUGUGUGUGUGUGUGUGUGUGUAGAUUAAACAUGAACGGGCCAAAACGGACAUGGCAGCAGGUCAAAAUCAAAUACAAGAACAUUCUGCAGAAUGCAGUGAAAAAGAAUACCCACAGACAAGGCACGGGUGGUGGGUCACCAAAGGCUGACCUUACCCCAGCAGAGGACAUGGCCUUGGAGCUAAAUAAAGGCAGGCCCGUCUUAGAGGGGAUCCCUGGGGGGAAAGAGACGAGCAUAGGUUCCUCCCAAGAUGCCACCCGCUUCAUUCAAGUGCCUGGCAGCACUGUGUUCCUGUUAGAGCCACCAGCACAAGCACUAGACGAUGCUGAUCCAGGUGAAGGCCCCAGUGCAGCAGCAACAGCACAUGAUGGAGACGAUGAUGAGGAGGAGACCAUCUCUCUGGAUUCCAGAAGGCAUGAGGACCCAGAUGCUAUACAGUGGGAAAACCAGCCUGGCAACAUAGUGCGUAUUAAUAAAAGGACACUACAUCCUGCCAAAUUCCAGCUGCGCUAAUUGUAUUGUGUUCACAGAGCUCACAAGCUAUCAGAAAGUUGUAUGGCAACCACCUCCGGCGCCAAAUAGAACUGGCAGACAUAGACAUUCAGUACAAGAAGAAAAAGAUGGAAAAUCUUGCACUGGAGUCCGAAAUAAAAAAGAGGACAAUUAGGAAACUGGACCUUGAAAUAAAAAAACUUGAGAGGGAGGUGAGAUAUGCCUUCACUGUAUGCUAACUGUAACACAAAUGUAUUAAUCAUUAUUUUUCUUUCCUCCCCCAGCUCCAAGAAGAUGACACAGCUCAAAAUAAAAAUUAGGUAUAUUCUCGUAAAGUCAAGUGAGCCAUGACAUAUGAGCUCUUAUUGUGAGCACACAGGACGGUGGCAUCUUUCUAAGGUUUUUUUUAUUUUCCCAGCAAUCAGUACAACCAAGUCAUCGUUAUAAGGCAUCGCCCUCUUUUGCCCACCCCCCCAGCACCAGGUGUGGCCACUAGCCUAUAUGAAGGCCCAAAAUUGUGUGUUCCUUUCUGCUCUGACAAUGGCAUGCCCAUUCGUGCGAGAUGUGGUGGAUGAAGAAGCACUUGUGCUGAGAGCCUUCAGGCGAGAAAGGGUCUUCAGGGACCGGUUGGACCCACUGGCCUUCCCUGAUGACCAUCUAUAUGAAAGAUACAGGUUUUCUGCAGAUGACAUCAGGUAUCUAUGCAGACUACUGGGUCCCAGGAUUAAGCACCGCACUGCACGGAGCCAUGCACUGAGUGUGGAGCAAAUGGUUUGUGUGGCCUUGCGCUUUUUUGCUAGUGGAGCCUUCCUGUACUCAGUGGGGGAUGCAGAACAGCUGAACAAGGCCACAAUUUGCCGCACAAUAAGGAGUGUGUGUCUGGCUAUCAAAGCAUUAGCAGAUGUCUUCAUCUCCUUCCCUGGCCACAGAAGACUCUGUGACAUCAAAGAGGAGUUCUAUAGGAUUGCAGGUUUCCCCAAUGUCAUUGGUGCAGUGGACUGCACACACAAGGAUAAAAGCCCCUCAGGUGCCCAUGAGGCCGAUUUUGUGAAUAGGAAAUCCUUUCACAGCAUUAAUGUUCAGAUGGUCUGCAAUGCUGACUGUGUGAUCAGCAAUGUUGUGGCAAAAUGGCCUGGCUCAGUCCAUGACUCCAGAAUCUUUCGGGCCUCUGAAAUCUAUCAGUGCCUAUCACAAGGUGAAUUCUCUGGUGUGUUGCUGGGAGACAGGGGGUAUGGCUGCCAGCCUUUUCUCCUGACACCUUUCACAGACCCCCAGGAAGCACAGCAGGCCUACAACCAUGCCCAUGCCAGGACCAGAGUUGAAAUGACCUUUGGCCUCCUGAAGGCACGCUUUCACUGCCUUCACAAAUUAAGGGUCAGCCCUGUUAGGGCAUGUGAUAUUACUGUGGCCUGCCUGAGGAAGGAGAGGGCCCCCAGAGUGCCACCAGCCAUGGACUGGGACAAUCCGGCUGCUGAGGGACCAAUAUGUGUUGAAUUAUUUUAGUUAGUAUGUGUGCUUUCAAUUUUGGUUAAAUAUGUCCUGCGGUGGCAGAGGAAUUUGGGUUUUUUUGGGUUCGUUUUUUGACGAAUUUGGCCUCUUAUGAUGUUUGUGCGGUAUACUGUGUGUAAUACAAGGCUGCAGGGAGGCUACUGCAUCCAUUCAUUUGUCUGUUCAGUUGAUGUGUAUGGAUUUGUCCUGCAUUUAUUUUAGUGUGCAGACAUGCAGGGUGUGUUAUAUACAGACCUUUGAAUGUGUAUGUAUCAUUUUGUAUAAUAUGCUUGGAUUCUGUGCUUUCCAUCUUGUAGAGUCACUGUGACUUCAGUUUUGAAAGGAGCUGAUGGUUUACCUGCUUUGUUUUGUCCUUAUUCAAUAAAGGAACAUAAUGUUACACAUUGUGUUUUUAUAUUCA